AUGUUAUUAUAUAAGUUUCUGUCCCGCGUGUUCUUGUUUGUAGUCCCUUUUUACUCAGUAGAGUCCGUAUUUAAACACGAGGUGAAGCCCGAUUGUGCUGCUUCUGAGAAGGAAUGCUCUUUUGACUUUCACGUGAAUUACAUUACGAGUAUGGUCUCUUACAACUUGUCGACUGGUGAAGGAUAUCCUGUUUUUAUACGAAACGGAACUUUUUUCAAGAAAUGUUCCAGUGAUGUUGUGUCUAUAGCCCGUCCUUUUGCUGAGAUUCCAUUGACAUACGAAGAAAUGGAAGAUGUCGUAACAGCGGAUGGAAACUAUAAAUUCAUGUAUUCCAUAAACAAACAAUUCCCGGCCCCAACAAUUGUUGUAGAUGAGAAUCAAAAAGUAAAAGUUCGUAUUCACAAUGACCUUGUGAAUGAAGCUGUGACCUUUCACUGGCACGGAAUGUUCCAGAAGGAAACACCAUGGAUGGAUGGAGUCUCUAUGUUAACUCAGUGUCCCAUACUUCCGGGGCAGACCUUUACUUAUGAGUUCAUAGCUAGUCCACGAGGAACACAUUGGUACCAUUCACAUCAUGGAGCGAUGAGAACUUCCGGUCUAGCUGGUGCUCUCAUUGUACUUCCCCGACAGAAAACGGAGAGAUACGACAUUCCCAAAGUUGCCAACGAUGUUGUUCUUAUGGUGCAAGAAUGGAAUUCUAAGAUGAGUGAUGCACAACUUGUCAACAUUCAGAAGUGGUACAUGCUAUCAUUUUCACAAAACCUUGAUACAGAUAAUUGUGUGACAACAAAACGAAACUAUGACGGAACUAUAUCAACUUUGGCAGAACCCUACAAUAAUGCACUUGUGAACGGUAAAACUAGAUAUUUUUCUGAGCAAUACUCUGAGAGGCAGCGUUUAUUGCCAUUGGAAGUUUUCAACAUCUCGUCCAAUACUUAUAAUAGAUUCCGUCUGAUAAACUCUGGUAUGACAGGCAGCUUUAGAAUCUCAAUAGACAGCCACAAGCUUUUGCUAAUUGCAUCGGACGGUGUUGAUCUUGUCCCUGUUGAGAUAGACUUCCUUAUUAUCAACCCUGGGGAAACUUAUGACGUCAUUCUGUACGCCAAUUCCAUAGCAGGAAACUACUGGAUACGAGUAGAAACAACGGUAGUCAUGGAUGUACAUUUUAAUCCAAUACAACAAAAUGUAAGCUUUGCUCAGCUUCAUUAUAAAGAAGCAGACGAUGAACUUCCCAAAUCAGAAGAGAGAAAAUGUUCCGUAAUAGAGCCCUGUGUAAUGGCCAACUGCCAAUGGAGCCCUGAUAGUAUGGCAAGGAUAGAACCAUCUGUCAAGUGUCUUUCCAUAGCAGACCUUAAGGCGUCAUCGAUCAGCAGGAUGUUAAACCCUGUCUCCAUUCCAGAUUCUCCAGAUGAUUUCCAAGAGAUUUUUCUCAAUUUUCAUUUUACGGGGAACGGUGUUAAGCGUGCCCGCCCAGCAGUGAAUGCAAUCCACUACAAAUCUCCACCAACUCCACUUCUGAUUUCUCCAGAUAUUGUAAAAGACAAGAGUAUUGUAUGUAACAACGAACACAUGGAGAACUGUGGUGAAUACUGCCAAUGCACUCACGUCGUUAAACUUGAAACCAAGAAAACCACACAACUUGUUCUUAUUGCAGAAAAUGGCUUACAGACAGGAACUUCACAUCCCGUUCACCUACACGGAAAUCGUUUCCAAGUUCUGAAAAUUGGUCAUGCAGUUUUAAACAAAACAACUGGAUUUGUACAAGAUGCCAACCAAGACAUUCAAUUUUCGCAGAACUUCAGCAAAGCAAAAUGGCGGGAUUCAACCUGGAGGAAUGGUAACGUUCCAGAUCUGAAGAUAGAAAAUCCUCCACUCAAGGAUACGGUGGUGGUACCAAACAGAGGCUACGUUGUAGUGAGGCUACAAACUGACAACCCAGGAUUCUGGCUUCUUCAUUGUCACCUUGAAACGCACAUGAACAUCGGAAUGGCUGUAGUUCUACAAGUAGGCGAGCUAUAUGAAAUGCCAGAACUUCCCUCACAUUUUCCUAAAUGUUCGAACUUCCAUUUAGACUCGGUCUCUUUACCUCUAUCUAAUUCCAUUAAACCGGAUGGAACUCUUUAAAAGAUACAAGGAUUUUUUUAAGUCUAGCUCUUUAUAGUGCACCGCAGUGUAAAAGUGUAAAGCAAGCAGAAUGGAGAUGUUAAGGUUUUGACAAUAAACUACACACUUUUUUCGUUGUUUUCAUCACUGUUUUCGUCUUCUUCCAAAGUUUCUGGUUUUCAUCUUCAGUGAAAAAUGUCUUAUCUGACAUGCAAUGAGAGACAACAUUUAUAUCAGAAUAGACAAUGUGUCUAGAUCUGGUUACAAUAGACAAUGUGUCUAGAUCUGGUUACAAUAGACAAUUUGUCUAGAUCUGGUUACAAAGUGUAAAGAACAUAGAAAAUAGUACCAGUGGU